UGAGUCGUGUGGAGAAGCAUUUCCGCGAUUUAAAAGCAACCCACGAGCACAAAUUUCCCAUCACUUUUCUCUUCCCGUUUCUGCAUCCGGCCGCCAGAGAUAGAACGCCGGUUUAGGUCAUCGCCCGAUCCAUGGCUUCGAGGCGGAUCAUCAAGGAGCUGAAGGAUCUCCAGAGGGAUCCCCCGACUUCAUGUAGCGCAGGGCCAGUGGCUGAAGACAUGUUUCAUUGGCAAGCUACAAUAAUGGGUCCACCAGACAGUCCAUAUGCAGGGGGAGUUUUUCUUGUCACUAUCCACUUCCCUCCAGAUUAUCCAUUCAAGCCACCUAAGGUUGCUUUCAAGACGAAGGUUUUCCACCCAAAUAUUAAUAGCAAUGGAAGCAUUUGCCUGGACAUCUUAAAGGAACAAUGGAGCCCUGCAUUGACUAUUUCCAAGGUGCUGUUGUCAAUCUGCUCCCUCUUAACUGAUCCAAACCCAGACGAUCCUUUGGUACCAGAGAUCGCCCAUAUGUACAAGGCAGAUAAGGCCAAGUAUGAGACCACGGCAAGGAGCUGGACCCAGAGGUAUGCAAUGGGCUAAAAGAUCAUGGUGGUACAAAAGAUUGUUGGGGCCUUCCCCUUCUUGAUCUGUGGUGUUUGUUGUCUUUGUAAGAUUGAAAUUAUCUGUCUCUGAUAGGGAAACCCCCCCCCCCCCUCCCCACAAACUUAUCAGACGACUGCUAUGGUUGAUUGUUUAUUUACAAGUUUAUAUUUGAAUCUUAAAAGACUUCUUUCUCGGGCUUUCAAUUA